CAUGCAAGUCUCGCGUUGUCGUGGGCUUCCUUUUGUGCGUGACUUUGAGAAAUAAAAAUAUCAGCCCAGGCGGGUGGAGUGACACCGAAGAACAGCCCUUAGGCUGAGUGUAUCUUGAGUCCGGAGAGCAUCAAUUAAUUAAAAAUGACGAGGGGGAACCAGCGUGAACUGGCCCGUCUGAAAAAUGCAAAAAAGUCGACCGACAGUUCGAAGGGGAAAAGGACUGACGACGGACUGUCCGCCGCUGCGCGAAAGCAGAGGGAUGCCGAAAUAAUGCAACAAAAGCAGAAAAAAUCCUCGGAGAAGGAUCCUAAAUCCAAAUAACCACGGGGAAGAUGGUGUUGACAUAUGGUUCCGGUUUUUUUUUCUUCCCAAAAUCACUCAACAACAUUAUUCUAGAUGUUAGGAGGAUGCAUCUUUCUUUUUUGGCUUAGACUCCAGAAUUUAGAUCAUUUAUCUGCCUGUACUCUUUCCUAAGUGGGGGGGGGGGGGGGUUAUGUAGCUUUUGGAAGGUGUUUUUUGUAUGUGGAGGUCUUGAAUAGAUCUUUUCUGGAAAUGGGUUCUCUCCUCUGAUCAAUGCUUACUGUGUAAAAAAAACCAAGAGAGCAAAGGCAUGACUAUCGCUUGGAAUCUACAUAACCAUCUUGUAUUUUUGUAUCAAACUGUUUUCCCCCAGUGACUUGAAAUAAUUUAAUAAAACAUAGCUUUUUAGUUCA